UCUCUCUUCAACGUUACGAAGACCACCAUCAAAUUUAUGUGAGUGCUUCCAUUUUUUAAACUUGGUACUGCAAAAACUGCUAUGAAUUUAGGGCAUUAGUGUAAGGACACACCUGACGUUCCAGAUGAAGUGCAAAGGAACUGAUAUUUCUGGUUGGGGAUUUUAAGGUCUGCAUUAUGACUGGUAUUUUUUCACCAGAAUAUUUCCAGCAAGCAAAGAACAUUUGUUGCUCCUGACAAAGAACCAAGUGAACCAAAACCGUGACAGUCAGACUAUCGUGAUUUUCAAGCUGUGCUACCGUUGGGAGUCAUUCUAACUAGAGUCAUGCCUGUGGUUAAAGUGGAGAGUGAUUCUCCCUCUGAAACCACUCUUCCAGUGAAUGACAGUCAGAGAGCAGAGCCGCAAAGAGGGCGCCGGAGGAAGAGGCCCCUUCAGCGAGGCAAACCACCAUACAGCUACAUCGCUCUGAUCUCCAUGGCCAUCGCCAACUCACCCGACCGCAAACUCACUUUGGGAGGGAUCUACAAGUUCAUCACUGAGAGGUUUCCUUUCUAUCGAGACAACUCCAAGAAAUGGCAGAAUUCCAUUCGCCAUAAUUUGACACUCAACGACUGUUUCAUCAAGAUCCCCCGAGAGCCCGGUAGACCCGGAAAGGGCAACUACUGGGCGCUGGACCCCAACGCCGAAGACAUGUUUGAGAGCGGAAGCUUUCUACGACGGCGAAAGCGGUUCAAACGCAGCGACUUCACUACGUAUUCAUCAUACGUUCAUGAGUCUCCCGUCUUCUCGCCAGUCCAGAUUGCACGCUCAGCCUACGCCAACUCGGUGUACUCCAACAUGGCCGUGAGUCCGCCAUAUGCACAACAGCUGCCUUCCGCCUACUACCAGUCCUCUUCUCCAAGCUUCAGCGCUGGUCAGUCCAGGGUCUUCAGAAUCAACUCUAUCAUCGGGUCACCUGGCAGGAUGGGGCAAAGUGCAGAGAUGAUGCCUCAGCAGUCUUGCCGCAGUUUCAGUCCUGACAGUGGCUCAUGCAGUUUGGGAGGCCCGGGAUUCCAACAUCAGUCCUGCAGCGGGGAGACGGUGCUGUCGUGCUGCUCAGGCUCCUCAAACAACAUGGCCUUUGCCUACUCCAGCCCAGGACAUGGACAAACUCAGGUAUCAUACCCGCAAGGUAGCACCCAGGCCUACGGGCCAACAGGGAGGGUGGCCAUCUCCAGUUUGUCUCCCAUUGCUGGAGAUGCUGUGGGGGACCCCUAUGGUAGAACCUCCCCUGCACAGCUGGGCUCUUUUGUUCAGUACAAUAACUCUGGUCCCGUAGGAAGCUCAGGAGCCUACAUCAGGCAUCCAGCUUACUCAGGUAACAUGGACAGGUUUGUGUCUGCCACCUAAACAAGACCAAGAAUUAUUAUUUUUUUCUCCAUUGCAAGAACCGCUGGAGCACAGGAACAUUUGGCGGGACUAUUUUAGCAAAUAUGAAAAACAUUGUGAAAAAUAACUGUGAUAUUUAAACUGAUGUUGUUAUUGUGAUCCCAUCAGUUGAGUAAAUUGAACUGAUAAUAAUCUCAAUUUACGCAUGUACAGACUUUUCCUAUUACAAAUUUAAAAAAAAAAAAAAAAAAA